AGCGCAUAUUGCUUCCCUCUUCCCCAAAUUCUGGCAACUCUUCCUCCUGCUAUGAUGGGCCCUUGGGCAUCAUGAACUUCAUUACUCUUCACUGGCUGGAAUUCAAACUGCCCAUCUGUAGUGGUCCCGUGCGUUGACCAUGCACCUGAGAAUCCACGCGAGACGGAGCCCUCCUCGCCGGCCGGCCUGGACGCUUGGGAUCUGGUCCCUGUUCUGGGGAUGUAUCGUCAGCUCUGUAUGGAGUUCUUCUAAUGUAGCUUCCUCCUCCUCCACCUCAUCCUCGCCGGGGUCUCACUCUCAGCACGAGCACCAUUUCCAUGGCAGCAAGCAUCACUCAGUGCCUAUUUCUAUCUAUCGCUCCCCUGUUUCCCUUCGAGGAGGGCACGCUGGCGCUACGUACAUCUUUGGGAAAAGCGGUGGGCUCAUCCUCUACACCUGGCCAGCCAAUGACAGGCCCAGCACGCGCUCUGACCGCCUUGCCGUGGGCUUCAGCACCACUGUGAAGGAUGGCAUCUUGGUCCGCAUCGACAGUGCUCCGGGACUUGGUGACUUCCUCCAGCUUCACAUAGUGAGUAGUGGGCCUUGGCCUGGAUUUUCUUGUCUUACUGGUGGUCUGAGUUGGUGAUUCAGGGAAAUGCUGCAGAACAAUCUAGAUCAAUGUGGCAAAGGUGCACAUGCUUAUAAAAAUUGUUUUCAGGUGUGAACCAUCAUGCUUAUAGGGUUCCUGGGGGAAAAAAUUUAAAAACUCUUUCUUCUUUCCCCUGUGUAUAGAGGAAAAAGAAAUUCAUUCUUUGCAGGCUCCCUUCCCAACUGUGUGACUUGGCCUGUGGCCGAACAUUUAUCAGACUUCUAGGGUAUAUUUAAGAGAUUUACCUGGUAUGGAUCUUACCUGGUGCAAGCAGCAAAGCCAAGUGGAACUUAACAAUCUCCUAGGCUGGGAUUUGGCAAACCUUCUGUAAACAGACAUAAAGUAAAUAUUUUGGACUUUGCAGGUCAGAUAGUCUCUCUCAGAGCUACUUGGUUCUGCCCUUGUAAUGUGAAAGCAGCCACAGACAAUACAUUUUUUUUAAAUGCAUACGACUGUAUUCCAAUAAAAAUGUAUCUAUAAAAACAAGCUGCAGGCCGUAAUUUCGUGACCCCUGUCUAGGCUUCAAACAUCACGGUAGAGAUGUCAUAAAUGUGUGAUAAAAACUGAGACCAGAGUGCCAGAGUAGGCGGGGCAAAAGGGAAACAGGACAGUGAUCAAGAGUUGAGUAAUUCGUGUGUAUUGAUUGCAUAGUCAACAUUUUGCUUUUGGUCUUGUACAUAUGCGCUUAAUAGCACUGCACCCUCAAUCCCUGUAGAUUGUAAGAACACAGCAAAGGCUAAGAAAUUAAAAAUGAUUUGGGAGAAAAAAUUCUUUUGUUAUAAGGAUGGAAAAUAUUUUUAUAGCAACAAUUAACCCAUUUUAUCACCUGUGCAGUCUGCAGUUAAGAAAGUAGGCUAAAGAGAGAUAUGAUUCUCAUCCAUAAGUACCCAAAGUGCAGUCACCAAGAGCAAAGAGAGGAAUUGUUCUCAUUAGUUAGCAAUGACAAGGCUAGAAAGAAUGGAUUUAAUUUGGAGCAAUAAGAAUUUAGUUUAAAUAGCAGGGGUAAAA